GUUCGCAUCUGUCAGAAGAGUACAGUACAUUGAUAAAAUAGAAAAGAAAUAGAUGUUCCUUGGGUUAUAGUUAAUUUCCUUUGGAGAAUAUGAACGAGAAAAUAAACAGUAAUGUUUCGGUUUUGUCGGUAUUAGAUAAUCAAUGUUCAACCUCAUCAGUUUUUAAACCUGAUAUAAAUAUGGAAAGUUACCGUAACCCUAAUCCCCCUCACAAUAUUAGCCACCCUCAUAGUCAAGAGCAAGUUGUAGCUCACCAGGAAGCAGACAAUCCAGACAGUAACAAGCAAAGUAUCCUAUGGACGAAAAAUUCAACAGUCACUCUUUUAAGUUUUUAUGAAAUAAAAAUGGGCAUGUGUGAUAAUCCGAAGAAGAAGUCUAAAAUGUGGGUUUCUAUAGCUGAGGAGCUUAAAGGUGUGGGUAUUGAGGUUUCUGCAGAUCAAGUUAGGUGGAAAAUAAAUGCACUGACAAAAAAAUAUAAAGACUGCAUAGAUAAUGGACAAGGAGAAUUAGGAUUUAAAUACUUUAAUGAAAUGCACCAAAUACUUGGGCAAAACAAUGAAACUGGAGGAUCCUAUAGAUUAUCAUCUGGAAUGCAAAUUCAAGACUCCUCUGAAAAGGAACAAAAAAAGAGACUUGGUAUGACUCAAAAAAAUACACCUUUUAGAAGAUUAAGAGCUGAGCGAAGAGCGAAGAUUGAGUUAGAUAAGCUUUGGUUUGAUUAUAUACAGAAACAAGACGCACUAAAGCAUUUAAGAGAUGAAAGGUAUGAAAGGAGUUUGCGUUUAAGAGAAGAAGAGUUACAACUAAAAAAAAAGGAAUUAGAAAUUAAGCAAUCAUUGGCUUUAAAAAAAUUACAACUUAAAGAGAGAAAACAUGAAGAAAUAAUUAAAAUUGAGAGGGAGAAGUGUCUUUUAUUGAGGAAAUUACUGGAAAAUCAGUAAUUUGACAUUAGCUACAAACAUGUAUGUUUAUUUAAGUGGGAGUCAUUUAUGCAGAAA